AUGGGUUUAGAGAGGAACUUCGUCAUCCAAAAGGGGUUUUACUUGAUGAUGGUGAUUUGUGUUGGUGUUGUCCAAGUAAGUUCGAUUAAUGAGGAAGGUUCGAUUCUUUUGGAGUUUAAAAAAUUUCUUUCUGACCCACAAAACAGUCUUCACGAUUGGAAUUCUUCUGAUUUGACUCCUUGCAAUUGGACUGGUGUGCAUUGCGAUGAUUCAAUGGUAACUUCCAUAAAUCUUCAUCAACUUAAUCUAUCUGGCUCUUUAUCUCCAAUCAUCUGCAACCUUCCUCAUCUGGUUGAGUUGAAUUUGUCAAAGAAUUUCAUUUCUGGCCCUAUUCCUGUUGAUUUUGUUGAUUGUAGUAGUCUAGAAAUAUUAGACCUUUGUACAAACAAAUUUCAUGGUGAACUUCAGAACCCUUUGUCCCAGAUUACCUCACUAAGAAAGCUUUAUCUUUGUGAGACUUCUAUGUACGGUGAAGUGCCAGAAGAGAUUGGGAAUUUGAAUUCCCUUGAAGAGCUAGUCAUUUAUAGCAAUAAUUUAACUGGAAGAAUUCCCAAGUCAAUAAGUCGAUUGAAGCAACUAAAAAUUAUCAAGGCAGGCUUCAAUAGUCUCUCUGGUCCAAUACCUGUAGAAGUUAGUGAGUGUGAGAGCUUGGAGUUGUUAGGAUUGGCACAGAAUCAGCUAGAAGGUUCAAUCCCAAGGGAGCUUCAGAGGCUUCAGAAUCUGACUGCUAUACUUUUGUACCAAAACCAUUUAUCUGGGGAGAUCCCCCCAGAAAUUGGAAAUAUCAGUAGGUUGGAAUUACUUGCUUUGCAUCAAAAUUUGUUCAGUGGAGCUAUUCCAAAAGAGCUGGGGAAGCUAUCUCAGUUACAAUUGUUGUAUCUAUACACCAACCACCUGAAUGGGACGAUUCCUCCGGAGCUAGGGAACCUUACAAGUGCUAUGGAGAUAGAUCUUUCUGAGAACCUGUUGAGUGGUAUUAUUCCUAGAGAGUUGGGGCAGAUCUCUAAUCUUGGACUACUUCAUCUAUUUGAAAACCUUCUGGAGGGAGAAAUCCCCAGGGAACUCGGGCAGUUAUGGCAACUCAAAACUCUAGAUUUGUCGAUAAAUAACUUAACAGGUACAAUUCCAUUAGUGUUCCAGAAUCUUACAUACAUGGAGGAUUUGCAGCUCUUUGACAAUAAACUUGAGGGUAAGAUUCCUCCUGAACUUGGAGCUAGAAGCAACCUCAGUGUUCUUGAUUUAUCUGCUAACAAUCUUGUCCGUAUGAUACCUGCCCAUCUUUGCAAAUAUCAAAAACUGAAAUUUCUAAGCCUUGGGUCAAAUAGGUUGUCUGGAAAUAUUCCAUAUGAUCUGAAAACUUGCAAGUCACUUGUGCAGCUUAUGCUGGGGAGCAACCGACUAACAGGAUGCCUCCCUGUUGAAUUAAAUGAACUUCAUAAUCUUUCUGCACUUGAACUUCAUCAGAAUCGGUUCUCUGGGCUAAUAAACCCAGGGAUAGGUCAGCUCCAGAGUUUGAUAAGGCUUCUCCUGUCAGAUAAUCAUUUUUUUGGGCAUCUACCUCCCGAGAUUGGAAAAUUAGCACAACUUGUCUCAUUCAAUGUUUCCUCUAAUCUUCUAAGUGGAAGUAUCCCUAAUGAGCUGGGAAACUGUGUAAAACUACAGAGGCUUGAUCUUAGCAGGAAUCAGUUAACUGGAGCCCUUCCAGAUGAAAUUGGCAAGCUGGUGAAUUUGGAAUUGUUGAAACUUUCUGAUAAUAAAUUUUCAGGUGCAAUACCCAGCACUUUAGGGGAUCUUACUCGUCUCACGGAGCUGGAGCUUGGUGGCAACUUGUUUUCAGGUAGCAUUCCUUUACAUCUGGGAGGACUUACUGCUCUUCAGAUUGCCCUUAAUAUGAGCCAUAAUAAACUAUCUGGUGUAAUUCCUAACAGCUUGGGGAACUUACAGAUGUUGGAAUUCCUUUAUUUAAAUGACAAUGAGCUUGUUGGUGAAAUUCCCACCUCAAUAGGUGACUUGCCCAGUCUUUUGGUUUGCAAUGUUUCUAACAAUAACUUGACUGGAACUAUUCCAAACACUCCUGCAUUUCAAAGGAUGGAUUUCACAAAUUUUGCUGGAAACAACGGAUUGUGCCUAGUAGGUUCCUAUUAUUGUCAUUCAUCCGAAUCUCCACCUGCUACUCCAAAACAAAGUUGGACUAGAGAUGGUUCUUCCAGGGAGAAGAUAGUGAGUAUAGUUUCAAGUGUAGUUGGAUUGGUUUCUCUUACAUUCAUAGUCUGUAUGUGUUGGGCUAUGAAGCGCAAUAGCCCUACUUUUGUCUCCUCAGAAAGGCAAAGAAUGCCUCAUAUCCUAAAUAACUAUUAUUUUCCGAAAGAAGGUUUCACAUACCAGGAUCUCUUGGAAGCCACUAAUAAUUUUUCUGAAGCUGCAAUUAUAGGAAAUGGAGCAUGCGGCACUGUGUACAAGGCUAUGAUGGCCGAUGGUGAAGCGAUUGCUGUCAAAAAGCUGAAUUCUUGUGGAGAAAGAGCUAAUGUUGACAAAAGCUUUCUUGCGGAGAUUUCAACCCUUGGAAAGAUCAGGCACCGGAAUAUUGUGAAGUUAUAUGGAUUUUGUUAUCACGGGGAUUCUAAGAUUCUCUUAUAUGAGUACAUGGAAAAUGGCAGCCUCGGAGAACAACUCCAUGCAAGCCCAGAAUCAUGUCCACUGGAUUGGAAUUGUCGAUAUAAGAUUGCCCUUGGGGCUGCAGAAGGCUUGUGCUAUCUUCAUUGUGACUGCAAACCUCAAAUCAUCCACCGUGAUAUAAAGUCAAACAACAUACUACUUGAUGAAAAUUUUCAGGCACGCGUUGGAGACUUUGGAUUGGCAAAGUUGAUUGACUUUUCGUUUUCAAAAUCCAUGUCUGCUGUAGCAGGUUCAUAUGGCUACAUUGCUCCUGAAUAUGCUUACACUAUGAAGGUGACUGAGAAAUGUGACGUCUAUAGCCUUGGGGUAGUUUUGUUGGAACUAGUCACCGGCCGUUCACCAGUUCAACCGCUGGAACAGGGUGGUGAUUUGGUGACUUGGGUGAGAAGAGCAAUUCAAGCAGCAGUACCGACAUUGGAACUAUUUGACAAGCGACUGGAUCUGAGUGAACAGAGAACAAAUGAAGAGAUGUCUCUUAUUCUCAAAAUUGCAAUGUUCUGCACCAGUGUGUCUCCUCUUAAUAGGCCAACAAUGAAAGAGGUCAUUGCAAUGUUGAUCGAUGCUAGAGAGUGUGUCAGCAAUUCUCCUUCUAUUCCUACAUCUGAACACCCACAUGAUGAUGAAUCAUCUUUCAAAGGUUAAAAAACUCA